GAGAGAGAGAGAGAGUCACACAAAGGCAAGCGAUUAUAGGCGGCAACUGUGGACUCUUUGCCCGGCUCCCGCACUACUCUCGGUGGCGCGUUGAACUGGGUGUACAAGAUUGCGCUGCUUUCAUUGAGGCAGCCAGAGGAGGAGGCUAACCGUAAAAUUAACUGGCGGAAUGAGCCAAGACGGCAACGCGGUGGCCGGCGAGGCGCUUUCCGUGGUGCACCUUAACCGGUGGCACGAACGUGUGCUGCAACUCCGCGAGCAUCUGCGGGUCGCUCUGCUCGCCGACGGCCCUCAGCUGGAGAUGGUCGUCUUCCACUCCCUCUUCGAUUUGUAUGAGAACUUUUAUUUCGACCUGCUGUGCGCACGCGCCGCUACUGCCGCUCUGCGGCGGCGGACAGCGCGUCGAGCGGUACCAAUGCUCUUCCAAUUUCCGCAGAAACGCACUUUGUGACGUCCUCGUACACCCAAGACGUGCUCGCUGCAUGUGUGUACCUGAUGGAGCUAAGCGUGCUGCCGGAUGUGUACGACAUUCCACGACGGCCACCGCCACCCGCGUUGGCUCACAACGAUGAGAACGCGUCGAAGGUGUACGUGAGCAAAGCGCAGCGACACUUUUGUUUUCUCAUUUUCAUGUACGUGUGCUGGUCUCCUGCAUCUCUUCCGUUGAAGGAUGUCCUGCAUGCGCUCUAUCCUCUCCUCGAUCCGGGUGGUCCAAGCACCGCUACACUGACCGGUGACUCCGCUGCUGUUGCCCCAAACGGCGCAGGUACGUUUGCUGAAAACAACAUCGCUGCCGAUCUCUUUGCGCAGCCGCGCUUCGCCAACCGGAAGCGGUGGAUCAGUGGGAUGCUGAGCGGGUUGGUGCUAUCUCGUGCGAACGGUCUGCGGGCGCUUCUGCGUGUUCUUUUGCUGGAUGACCGCGUAGAGGCGGAUAUAACGAUGGAGGCGGCGCAGCUGGUGGUGCGACUGCUGACGACGCCUCCGCCAGUUGUGUGGGUGCUCGCAGAUUCUCCGUCGCCUCUCCUCUUGUCGCCCACCAACGGCGAAGUACUUCGUCAAGGUUCAGUAGAAAAAGGUCUACGUGUCGUGCGCGAUGCGUCGACUUCUAUCGAGAGCGAAAUCAAACAACUUGCACCUCAACUGCUGUCUUUGCUGAAGGAGCAGGCGGAUGAGGUGGAGGAGGGAGAGAGGUGCAACCGCGCGAGCGCAGCAGCAAAAGCACGCGAAGGCAACCAGCCUCGCUUUCUCGCACGUCUGGAAGCGGUGCAUCAGCGCCUGCCCGCGGAAACGCUUGAGCAGCGCCUGCACAUGUUUGUCACCUUACUCCUCAACGCACUGGUGCGACUGCCCCCACGGCAGAGCGCUGCCUUUGCGCGCAGCUACCGACAGUUCUUUUACGCGAAUAAGUAUAUCCUCUCCCCCGGCUUCGGCUGCCUGUCUUUGCGCAGUGAGGGUCCGUACAGGGAGGACGACGUCGUGGCGGCGCUGCGGCGACUCACGUCACUCGUGAGGGGUGUGGCACUCGGCGCAGGCACGGGUGUUCUCGCACACGUGCUGCCGGCUACUGCGGCCGGGGUGCUCAACAUAUGCGCUCUGCAGCAGGCAACAACGGCCAGCGACGCUGCAGAACUCAUUAGUAGACGCCAACAACUCGAUCACACAAUGCAGAGGUUUUUGAUACCACUGCUGUCCAAUUCGUCUCUACACGAGUUGACGGCUCACGCUCUUGUGCAGGCUUGCACAACUGAGCACUCUCACGUCUUCUCUGACGGCAACGCGGUGGAGGUGGAGCUCACCUACGUGUCCAUGACAUGCACGGCGAGAACACUCACAAACGGCUUGGAGUGGCUGCUGUCCGCCAUGCCGGUUCCUGCGCCAGAUUUUGUUCACGCGUGUGUGGAGGCGAUGGUGGAUGCGUGUCAGCUGCAUUUAUACGCGUCGGGGGUAGAAUCUCUUGCUACUCCCAACGUCGUCUCAUCGUCCACCGACAACACCAUGCAUGUGGACAGCACUGCGCAGGCGUCGGUGUCGUCAACACCGCCUCUGGUGUUGCUGCUGGAGCGACUGUGCCUGGAGGCGCCGUCGGAGGCGAUCUUCGGCGCACGCGAGCGGCUCUCCCUCAUUUCCACCUUAGCGCUCCUGGGCCGACUACUGGGUCUGUCGGUUGUCCUGUACCGCUGGGCUGUCGGCAUGUUGAACGCUCUACUGAGGUCGGACAGCGUGCGGGUCGCCCUUCACGGAGGCGCGACUUCAUCAGCCAGCGUAGCGGGAGUCGCCGCAGCUGAGUCAACAUCCACCUGUGAUGCUGGCCAGCCACUGGAGGAGCAUCUUCGCUUUCUAUCACGCUUGGUGCGAACAUGUCAGGGCAUCCUCUCGACGCUUCAGGCGCUGCUUGACCACUCGCAUUCGCAGAACAGUACCAGCGACGGUGUGAUGGAGAUGGCGCCGCUCAUCAUCACCAUCGAGGAUGACCCAGAAUUGUCGACGCUCACCUCUGAGACGUGCGCGGCACUGAGGAGCUGUGUGACUGAUACGAUGCGACAGCUGAACGGGUGCAACACGACGUGUGAGGUGUCUUCCACGGAUAUGGAGAGUGGGUGUCACGCCGAGCGCGUCCUCCAGCACCGCGACAGUGAAAUCGCGGUGAGUACGACGGCGCAGUGGCAGCGGCUGUUGACACAACUUCAGUCAGCACUGGACGGGCGCUCCUCUGUCGACGUCGCGAUGACUCUCGCGAGUCUGUCUCGCAGCGUCGAUGAGGUGGUGCACGACGUGGCGAGCCCCGAACCCUUCCAAUCCGUCGUGCAGCCCCUCCUGCUGACGUUGAUUCGUGUGCUGUACGAGUGCGACGAGGUCGGGUGUGCGGUGCGGGCGGUGCACUGUGUGACGUGGCUCUGCAUGUACCGCUUUGACUCCCCUGACUCUUCGUUCAUUGCAGAUCUUGUUUGGGCGGUGCUGGGCGAAGAUCAGCUCCCUGCGUGGUUGGCUGCGCACGUCGGGCACCCUGCUGGAAGGGCGCCGGCGUUGGUGGCGCGGUUUUGUCGGUUGCGGGUGCGUCUCCUCGACGUGUUGCUGGCGUGGACGGACUACGACGAGGAUGGGCGGACGCUGCGCAACGUUGACGACGUCCUGCGCCGCACCCGCCACAUCGCCCUCUACGAUGCACUGGCGCGUCUGUGUCAUAACUCGUCGGAUGUGUUUGUGCAGGUGGCCGCGCUGCACCUCGUGGGGGCCUACGCCCUCGCCGCACACCCGCGUGUGCCGCUGGCCGCGCUGUGCGAUCUCUGCCGCGAUGUCUUUCACUUGUCGCCGCAUGAAAUGGCCAAGGCAGCAGGCGCCGCGGCAUUGGGCAAAGUGGUCGCGUCGCUGUGUCAGUCCUCCGAAGCCACCGCGUUUCUGCUCACGGAAGUUGACGUAGACGCGUGUCAGAGCCUGGCGGCUGCAAUGGCGUCCUAUCGUGGCCGACCGCCGGAUGCAGCUGUGAGGGGCACGGGCACCUCACGUGCAACGUUGACGGAGGCGGCUGCAGUGGACUUGCACGACGCAGUGAUUCAGCAACACGGACGGGAUAUGCUGCAGCUCCUUCGACGUGCCUCGCAUGCGUACGGAGCGGCGACCUUACCAACAACGCCAUCGGUGCUGAAGGUAAAGAUGCCGAAAGGUACUUUCGACUGA